CUUUGCUAGGUUAGUAAAAAGAGAUAUAAUUUUAUAACUAUUUAUCUUCUCUAAAUAAUUCUGUAAUCAUUGAAUUUAGUGUCGUGUCAUUUAUAACAAAAAAAAACUCACGUGAGUUUCAAUUCAGUUUAGAAUUUUUAUUUAAGAAAAAUAAAAACUAAUUAAGAUGAUUCUCCGGGAGCUACCUGAUUUGCAAAUAUUUAAAACAGUAUUUUAUUACUGUGCUAAUAUUAUUUUCUUACCGAUAAUAAUAUUUUUUGUAAGCAAAAUUAUUCUUUUAGAAGGUUUGUUAAAAUUAGAUAGUAUGCAAAGUAGCGUUACGGCUGCAAUUAUUGCGGUAAUUACAUUACACAUUGCACUGGGUGCUUUUAUUUACAAAGCGUACUCAGAUACUCCGGCUAAGGUAACUGAGAAAAGAGAUUAAUUUCAUUCAGAAAUUAUGGUUCCAUUAAUUCUGCAUACAUUCGUAUUUAAUUAUGAAAUUAUUAAAAAAAAACACAUUUAUUUAAUUAACUUAUGUAAAUAAUAGAAUUAUAAAUUGUUCAUACUAUUGAGAUUCGUAAGUUAAUUUAUUAUAAAGCUUACGAUGUGGUUAAUUUUAUGUAAACAAUAAAACUAAUCCUAAUUAUUAUCUGUA